AUGAAAAUCCAUUAUAUUAAUAUAUUAUUGUUUGUUAUUCUAUUAAAUAUAUUGAUAAAUGACCAAAGGAACCAUAAAAACACCACACAUCAUACACCAAAAAUAUCAACUACCAGAUUAUUAUGCGAAUGUGAAUUAUAUGCACCAUCAAACUAUGAUAAUGACCCACAAAUGAAAGCUGUGAUGGAAAAUUACAAUCGACAAACAUCUGAUCGAUUUAAAGAAUAUGACGAAAGGAUGAAAACUACACGUCAAAAAUGUAAGGAUAAAUGUGACAAAGAAAUUCAAAAUAUUAUUUUAAAAGAUAAAUUGGAAAAAGAAUUGGCUGAAAAGUUUGUCACAUUACAAACAGAUAUACAAAAUGAUGCUAUUCCCACAUGUGUUUGCGAAAAAUCUUUAGCAGAUAAAACAGAAAAAUUUUGUCUCAACUGUAGUAAAAAUAUGGGAGCGAUUGCACCCUGGUGGGGGUUGGUCUGUGGUGUAGGGUAUGCAGGAUGGUCACAUUAUGUUCCUUUUGCUAUUUCUAAAGCUGCUAUGGACGCAGGUAUGAAUGUAGUUAUUAAUGUAUUAAAACAAUUGGGUGUACAGAAAGUAACUGCUGUAAUAUUCAAAGAAAUUUCUAGUAUAAACGAUUUUACUAAAGUCGCAAAGCUUACUGAUGUUAUUUAUACGGAAUUGAAGGCGACCUGUGCGGCAAAGUCGUACACUGGUGAUGGUGCUAUUAGCGCAGAUAUAUGUACGAAUGUAAUAAAUGGUUCAACAGGUGGUUCUGCAGCGGAACGACUUGUAUCAGGAGCGUCAAGAACAAUUGCUCACAAAGCUCCACAAGCUGCUGAAGAAGCUGCUAAGGUUACUACCACGUAUAAAUCGAUUACUAGUAGUUUAACUACUGCUAUAACUGCUUCGAUUAUUGCAAUAGUAGUUAUAAUUUUAAUUAUGGUAAUUAUUUAUUUGAUUUUACGUUAUCGACGAAAAAAAAAAAUGAAGAAAAAACUACAAUAUAUAAAAUUAUUAGAAGAAUAG